UGUAGUCUUAGCUUCACGGUGUUGUAACGUGGAGUAAGGUCACACAGGCAGUUUACAGUAGCUAACACCGCAUUUAAAGUCAGUUCGCGUUAAAUUAGAUUAGUUUUACGGUUAAUUAAUGUUUCACCAACAUGAACCAGUGAACACGCGUUAAUCCGCAAACAGUCGAACAUCAGCUCAACACCUGUAGAGUUCAGACAACACCUCAGCCAAUCAGAACUCCACCUGCUCCUCCUCCAGCUCAGAGGUGACUUUGUUCGAUCAGAGCUCAAACGAUCAAGAGGAAAGAGACAACGCUGAGGGUCGUGGUGCAUUCAGGGUCCUCUGUGUUCAAGCUGUAGCUCAUGACACAUUCAGGGUUCAACAUCACCUCCAGUGUGUCUGGACGAAGCUCAGUGAUCUGCUGAGAGCUGAAUUCUGUCAGAGAGAAGUUGGAGGUUUUCCCAUUCACUCCAGUUCAGUCAGACUAGUGGCUGUUAGAGGAACUGCAGCUGAAGAAUCUUGAAUCCUGGUGUCAACAUGUUUUUUUAGCCUCCUGCUGAGCUGGUUUCUGAUUUUCCUGCGUUUAAAGGAGAAACUUGUCUCUCGUGAACUUGAGUUUUUCCCGAUGUCGCGUCACAGUAAGCUGCAGAAGCAGGUCCUGGCUCUGUACCGGCAGUUCCUCCGGGCCGGUCGGGACAAACCGGGCUUCAUCCCCCGAAUCCGAGACGAGUUCAGGGAAAACUCCCGGAUCAAGAAGACGGACGUGAUGCACAUCGAGUAUCUGUACCGGCGAGGACAGAGGCAGCUGGAGCAGCUGAGGGACGUCAACACCAAACAGCUCGGCUCCUUCGCCAAACCCAAAGACCAGAGCUGACCUCUGACCUGCGCCGUGUCACAUGACCUCAAACGACACCGACACAUACCUCUGAAAGACUUUGUUACUCUCAAAAUGCUGAGAUGCUGCGUUCAAGUACAGUGGGGGAAACAACCACCCAGUGGGAAAAUUAAAUGUGAUAACAGUAAAAACUUUUGACUGUCUCUGUUCGCAUUUUUUUUCUGGGAUUCACAAUAAAAUAAAGAUAAAAAGUUGUAAAAUCAAAUGUGAAUUAAAGUGUUGGAAUGUAACUAAGA